AUGCAGCCCCGUCUUGAACUUCUCCAGCCCAUGCUUGGCAACCCUCUUUUCGAGAGUAUCCUCUGGGGCCAUGAAUACGACCUCUCCAAACUCAACACCGAUCUCCGCCAGAGGAUCGAGUCCGGCCAAUUCAAGCGUCUCGUCUUUUACGGCAUGGGCUGCUCCUCUGUCGUAUCCGACAUCGUCAAGAGCUUCUUCCUCAACGAGAAGAUUCCCCUUCAUAUUCAGGUCAUCAACGACUAUGAUCUUGACAGGUUCGUUGACCGCAAUGUCACGAAGGAUCCCACCACGCUGUCUAUUAUUGUCUGCUACAGUGGGUGGUCUGUUGAGCCGUGUUUGUUCUUUGAGACUAUGCGGGAGAUGACGGGGAACAAGAACUUGAUUGUUCUUUCUGGCGGUGGCAAGAUUCAGCAUUUAUGUGAGGAGCAUAAUACCUCUAUCAUCUUGUACAAGCUCCGUCAUGCUGAUCGCGAGUACCCUCUUUACCGCGACUCAGUCAACUUCUUGAAGACUGAGUUCAACGACGCUACGCUCAAGAAGGCCCAGGCUAUCGCUGAGAGGUUGAAGAACAGUCGUAUUGCACUGCUAAGUACCGCUGACUGGUACGUCACGCUUCUGAAGCAGACGACUAUGUUCUUCAACGAAAUCGCCAUGGUUCCUACACACCGCAACCUCCUGCACGAGUUCUCGCACACUGAAGUCGCGGCUUACUCCAACCCAUCCGAGAAGCAAGCCAUCAUCACGUUCCUUGACUCCAACGCAGACCAAUACACCAAGGACAAGGUCAAGACUCACGAGGGUUUGUUCGGCAGCAAGGACGUCCCUCAGAACAAGAACAUUGAGUUCAUCAACAUUGAUCUCAACCAGGACAACUUCUUCAAGAAGUUCUUCUACGGGCACUUGUUCACUGUCUACGUGGCGUAUUACCUGGGUAUUCACUCUGAUGUGGAGGGACGAGAUUUGAUCUCGAUUGCGGCGAAGAACCCGUGGUGGAGCCAGCGCAACAUUGAGCUGCACCCCAAGUGUGUUGAUAUCGCCUAUGAGCUCAAGGGAUAG